AUGACGGCGGCACCCGCACCCGCCUCGGCCACGGCCGACUCGCUGGCCACCCAAAAGACCUACCACCUCGACUACGCAGACUGGGACCCUGCCGACCCUGCGUCGGCCUCGUCGCGCCGCUUCAUCGCCUCGCUCCAGGAGGCCAUGGUGGGCCACGGCUUCUUCUACCUCUUCAACAGCCCGCUCUCGCACGGUCCACGGCGCGAGGGCAUGUACGACGUCGUGUCGCGCUUCUUUGCGUUGCCCCUCGAGGCGCGCCAGCGCAUCACCAUCGACCGCAGCCCGCACUUCCGCGGCUACACGGCCUUUGGCGACGAGACGACCCAGAACCGCCAGGACCUGCGCGACCAGGUCGACUUUGGGCCGCACGCACCCGAGCCCCUGCCGCGCACCCGCGACGAGAUCGAGGGCCGCGCCGAAAAGACAAACUGGAAGAACCUCAUCGGUCCCAACCAGUACGUCCCGGACGACGAGGUGCCCGGCUUCGAGCGCACCGUGCGCCAGUGGUUCCACGAGGCCAGCAGGGUCAGCGAGGGCCUCACCGAGGCCGUCGAGUGUGCCCUCGGAGUCGAGCGGGGACGCCUCGGCAGCUACAUCAAGGGCAAGGACCACGACGAGGGCAGGUACCAGUACGCGCGGAUGAAGAUCAUCCGUUAUCCGCCCGGGCAGCAGGUCGAUGGCGUCCAGAGGGACGCGCACAGCCGGCAGGGCGUCGGCGCCCACAAGGACAGCGGGUGGCUCACGCUGCUCUCGACAUCCCCCGUCGACGGCCUCGAGGUGCAGGACCUGCACGGCCGCUGGAUCAACGUACCCUAUCUGGCCGGGUCGAUCGUCGUCAACUUCGGGCAGCAGUUCGAGAAUCUGAGCCACGGCCUGAUCCAGUCGGCGACGCACCGCGUCAUCUCGAACCCAAGCUCGGUGGCGCCGCGCUACUCUGUGGCGUGGUUCAGCUUCCCGGCGCUCGACACCGUCUUUGCGCGCCCGCUGGCCGACGACGAGAUCGGCGACGACAUCAAGCGCCACUACGAGCGGCUCCGCGGCGGGUGGGACGUCGUGAGCGACGUGGAAAAGGGAGACCUGUUUGCCAAGUUCGGAGAGGAGUUUGGAGAGGUCGCUUGGAAGGGGCUGGUGCGGAGCCACCAGGGCGUCGUCAGGAGGUGGUACCCGCACCUUGUUGUUCAGUCGUAG